AUGUCCUCACUUCAGGUCCUCACGUCAAGACCUCACGUCAGGUCCUCACGUCAGGUCAUCACGUCAGGUCAUCAAGUCAGGUCCUCACGUCAGGUCCUCAUGUCAGGUCCUCACGUCAGGUCCUCAUGUCAGGUGCUUAAGACAUGUGCUCACGUCAGGUGCUCACGUCAGGUCCUCACGUCAGGUCCUCACGUCAGGGCCUCAUGUCAGGUGCUUAAGACAUAUGCUCACGACAGGUGCUCACGUCAGCUCCUCAAGUCAGGUCCUCACGUCAGGUCCUCGCGUCAGGACUUCACGUCAUGUCCUCACGUCAGUUGCUCACGUCAGGUCCUCAAGUCAGGUUCUCACGUCAGGUGCUCACAUCAGGUCCCUAAGCCAGGUCCUCAUGUCAGGUUCUACGUCAAGUACUCACGUCAGGUGCUCGCGUCAGGUGCUCGCGUCAGGUGCUCGCGUCAGGUGCCCACGUCAGGUGCUCACGUCAGGUGCUCACGUCAAGUUCUCAUGUCAGGUCCUGAUGUUAGGUCCUCACGUCAAGUCCUCAAGACAGGUCCUCACGUAAGGUGCUCACUUCAGGUCCUAUCCUCAGGUCUUCACGUUAGGACAUUACUUCAGGUGCUCACGUCAGGUUCUCACGUCAGGUCCUCACGUCAGGUCCCUAAGUCAGGACAUCACGUAAGAUCCUCACGUCAGGUCCUCACGUCAGGUCCUCACGUCAGGUCCUCACAUCAGGUCCUCACUUCAGGUCAUCACCUCAGGUCCUCACUUCAGGCCUUUACUUCAGGUCUUCACGUCAGGUCCUCAUGUCAAGUCCUCACGUCAGGUCCUCACGUAAAGUCCUCACGUCAGAUCCUUCAGGUCUUCACCUCAGGUAUUCGCUUCAGGCCCUCAUUUCAAGUCUUCACAUCAGGUCCUCACAUCAGGUCCUCACUUCAGGUAAUCACCUCAGGUCCUUACUUCAGGCAUUCACUUCAGGUCUUCACGUCAGGUCCUCACGUCAGGUCCUCACGUCAGGUCCUCAUGUCAAGUCCUCACGUCAGGUCCUUUCUUCAGGUCAACACUCUAGGACCUCACUUCAGGUCCUCACAUCAGAUCCUUACGUCAGGUCCUCACUUCAAAUCCUCACUGCAGGUCAACAAUUCAGGUCCUCAAUUCAUGUACGCAAUUCGGGUCCUCACGUCAGGUGCUCACGUCAGGUGCUCACGUCAGGUCCUCACUUCAGAUCCCAACUUCAGGUCCUCACUUCAGGUCUUCACUUCAGAUCCUCACUUCAGGUCCUCACUUCAGGCCUCACAUCAGAUCCUCACGUCAAGUCCUCAUGUCAAGAUCUCACGUCAGGUCCUCACAAUAUCCAAACUUCAGGUCCUCACUUCAGGUCUUCACUUCAGAUCCUCACUUCAGGUCCACAUCUCAAGUCCUCACUUCAGGUCCUCAAAUCAGGUCCUAACUUCAGUUCCUAACGUCAGGUCCUCACUUCAGAUCCUAACUUCAGGUCCUCACUUCAGGUCCCCACUUCAGAUCCUCAUUUCAGGUCUUCACUUCAGGUCCUCACGUCAGGUCCUCACUUUAGGGCCUCACGUCAGGACCUCACGUCAGGUCCUCACGUCAGGUCAUGACGUUAGGUCAUCAAAUCAGGUCCUCACGUCAGGUCCUCAGGUCAGGUGCUUACGUCAGGUGCUCACGUCAGGUGCCCACGUUACGUCCUCACGUCAGGUUUUCACGUCAGUUACUCACGUCAGGUCCUCACGUCAGGUUCUCACGUCAGGUGCUCGCAUAAGUUCCCUACGCCAGGUCCUCACGUCAGGUCCUCACAUCAGUUCCUCACGUCAGGUCCUCACGUCAGGACCUCUCUUUAGGUCCUCAGUUCAGAUGCUCACCAUAGGUCCUCACCUCAGGUCCUCAUUUCACGUGUCCACCUCAGGUCUUCACUUCCGGUCAACACUUCAGGCCCUCACUUCAGACCUUCAACUCAGUCCUCACGCCAGGUCCUCACUUCAGGUAAACACUCCAGGACAUCACUUCAGGUCCUCACGUCAGGUCCUAACGUCAAGUUCUCACUUCAGGUCCUCCUUUCAGGUCCUCACUUCAGAUCUUAACUUCAGGUCCUCACUUCAGGUUCUUAUUUCAGAUCCUCACUUCAGGUCCUCACUUCAGGUUCUCAUGUCAGGUUCUCACGUGAAGUACUCACGUCAGAUUCUCGCGUCAGGUGCACACGUCAGGUGCUCACGUCAGGUGCCCGCGUCAGGUGCUCACGUCAGGUGCUCACGUCAAGUCCUCAUGUCAGGUCCUCACGUUAGGUCCUCACGUCAAGUCCUCAAGACAGGUCCUCACUUCAGGUGUUCACGUCAGGUACUCACCUCAGGUCUUCAUGUCAGGACAUCACUUCAGGUGCUCACGUCAGGCCCUCACGUCAGGUCCUCACGUCAGGUCCCUAAGUCAGGACAUCACGUAAGAUCCUCACGUCAGGUCCUCACGUCAGGUCCUCACUUCAGGUCGUCACGUCAGGUCCUCACGUCAGGUCCUUACGUCAAAUCCUUCAGGUCUUCACCUCAGGUCUUCGCUUCAGGCCCGCACUUCAGGUCUUCACAUCAGGUCCUCACUUCAGGCCCUCACUUCAGGUCCUCACUUCAGAUCCUCACUUCAUUUCCUCAUUUCAUGUCCGCAAUUCAGGUCCUCACGUCAGGUGCUCACGUCAGGUCCUCACUUCAGGUGCUCACGUCCUCACGUCAGGCCCUCAUUUUAGAUCCACACUUCAGGUCCUCACUGCAGGUCAACAAUUCAGGUCCUCACUUCAGUUCCUAUAAUCCGGACCUCACGUCAGGCGUCACUUCAGAUCCUCACUUCAGGUCCUCACUGCAGGUCAACAAUUCGGGUCCUCACUUCAGGUUCUCACGUCAGGUCCACACUUCAGGUCCUCACUUCAGGUUCUCAUUUCAGGUCCUCAUUUCAUAUCAUCACUUCAGGUCCCCAGUUCAGGUCCUCACUUUAGGUCCUCACGUCAAGUCCUCAUGUCAGGACCUCACCUCAGGUCCUCACUUCAGGUCCUCACUUCAGAUCCUCACUUCAGGUCCUCACUUCAGAUCUUUACUUCAGGUCCUCACUUCAGGUCCUCACUUCAGGUUCUCACGUCAGGUCCACACUUCAGGUCCUCACUUCAGGUUCUCAUUUCAGGUCCUCAUUUCAUAUCAUCACUUCAGGUCCCCAGUUCAGGUCCUCACUUUAGGUCCUCACGUCAAGUCCUCAUGUCAGGACCUCACCUCAGGUCCUCACUUCAGGUCCUCACAUAACGCAGCCUUAUUCGGAAAGACCCAAUAA